UUUGAUAAUCCGAAAAAAAUAAAAAUGGAAAAACAGAAUGAUAAAAAAAUCACAGUUGAUAAUGACAGUGGUCUUCUGAUAAGGGCAAUGGCUGACCUCAAAAGAGUCAAUGAGCAGUUGCAGGCUAUGCUACAGAAAGCCUUAGAGAGAGUUGAGCUGUUGGAGAGUUGUAAAACGCAAGAUGAAGAAAAGAUAGUUGGAAAAUUUGGAGAACUUAACAUCCUGCUCAGAAAUAAAGAUUUGGAGAUUAAUACUAUCUCACAGGAGUAUGAACUAUUGAAAGAGCAAGUUGAAGAUAUGACAGCUUCCACGAGUGUAGAGAUAGAUCAGUUGAAAGAUAAAAUUGCGUUUUUGGAGAAAGAGAACACAAGAUUGGAAGAUCUACAGACACCCUUGCUAAUUCAGUUAGAGUCAUACAGGAAUGAUUUUGAAGAGGAAAGAAAAUGCAGAGAGGCCCUUAACGACGUUAAACUCAAACUAGAAGAGGAAUUAAAAGCUCUGAAUCAAGAAAAUUACUUACUAAAACUGCAACUCAAACAACAGCAGCAACAACAAAACUUCACCCCGAUAACGCCGACUAGCACACCUCGUCCGGGUUUGAAUGCAAGCUUAAACUUGAACAAGAACAAUAUCUCGCCUCCGUCAAUCAACAAAGCAAUUGAGACCCCUCUCCUUUUAACAUUACAAAAUGGAAAUGUGAUUAAUAAUAAUAUCGAAAGCGAAACUAACAACGACGACGGUGGUUAUGGGGAUUUCAAUCCCGCAGUACUGGAUCCAGUGUCGGACAAUCAGCAGAGAAUUUUAUUACUAAGGCCAUUGUCACAACUUAGUGACAAUAACGCAACAAUGAAUGUUAAUUUAAGAAGAAGUUUCCAGGGCCACAACACUAAAAAUAAUUAUAAUGAUAAUUAUUAUGAUAAAAAUAAUUACGAUGAUAAUAAUUAUAUUAAUAAUAAGAAAAACGACGGGUCUUGGAGCAGCCAUCUGGCCACAAAGAUCAACAAUGUAUGA